AAUCAAACACCAAAACCUAUUGUAAUGCAUACGAACGGCUCUAUACCUCGAUAUCACAGUCAUAUGAAUCGACACUCGUGUCCGCCCGGAGCGGGUCCGCCGCCGCCAUCAGCAGCCAAUUCGCUGCGCUCUUCGGCGCCGUUGUCGCUGCGAUCGGCCGGAAAUUCAACGCUUUUCCGGCACUCCAUAGCCAUGGACUCAAUACCAAUGUCGGACACCUUAGUGUCAAACGACGACCGGAUUAUUGUCGCAAACGAUAUAUUGAAAGACAAGAGCCAUGAGAUGAGCAACGAGAUCGUCGAGACCAAAGUGUCGGCCAAUAUUUUGCCCAUUUUUAUAAUGGAGUUCCUGUCGUUGGCGUGUCUCUCGAGUUUGGCAUACUUUCUACGGUUUACCGACUCGUUUGGUGUACUCGUCAGAGGUUUCUAUUGCGACGAUAAGACCAUUUCGAUGCCAUUUCGGCCCACAUUUGGCGACCAUUCAAAGCCAGUGAUGACCGCAUUUAGUGACGAACUCUUCUAUUCAAUUACUAUUGGAGUUCCCGUUAUUAUGACGGAGAAACUGAUUAAAGUGGACGAAGAGGUAGAAGAGCGGAAGAAAGAUGAAAAAAUAGUGGUUGAUAUACCGGACGCCACUGCUAACAGAAGGAGUCGAUUGAGGCCUAAAAGUGCCAGAAGUAUUCGGGGCAUGUUUAACGACGAGAACGUUCCCAAUGAAGAGGCCAUAUAUAAACUGAAUGAGAGGACGUGUUUCCAUAAGGUUAGGUCAUUGGAUAAGUUUGUUUGCCGUAAAUAUCACAUCGAUUUGGACACAAUGCAACUCCAUUACGAGCCUUCAAUCAAACCUUUCAUGUGUAAAGAUGUGCCCUAUUUUGAUUUAUGCGAUCUCUCGGAAGUGCGAAAGGGUUGGGAAUCUGAUUGCUAUAAUGUAAUUGAGUCCAGAUUUAGGCGCAAACUUCACGCCUCUAUUGGGCCAAAGAAUUUGCCACAACUCGAAGAAAAUAACUGUUUUUCACUAAUUUUCGACAACGGCAUCAAAACCGAAGACUUAGUGGCGCCUAAUGUCGAGACACGCGAUGUGUGGGUAAAGGGAUUGAAUUUUUUGAUCGCCAGUUAUAAAAACCAAAACAUUAAUGAAGAAUACGAUGUUUGGCUGAAGAAGCAGUUCCGAGAGGCGGACAAGAAUAAGAACGGAAAUCUGUGUUUCAAAGAAGUGGUUUGUCUUUUGAGUCGAAUAAACAUAUGUUUGAAUGAAAAACACGCCAAAGCCUUCUUCGAUAUGGCUCACACCAAACAUAAAAUGAAUAGAAGAGAUUUGACAGGAGAUCACACACUAGACUGGGAAGAGUUCCUUAUAUUCUAUCAAUUGAUUAAUCAAAGACCAGAAUUGGAUGAACUCUUUCAAGAGUAA